UUUUGUUUUGAUAAGUUUCAAAAGUUUGGCUCUAUCUAGUUCUCUUGCUGAGCUGGCGCAUUUAAUUAGUGAUUAAUGUGAGCUAAAAAUAUAUUGUGAGUAAAUGUGCCAUUUAAUUCUACUACCGAAUGGACUUACAUAAUACACAGUUAUACAGAAUUUUAGAAUCAUCAGACUCUUAGUACUUAGUAAAUUUUAAAUUAUUUUACUUCGCGGCUUGCUUUUCAGAGGGGGAGGCGAUGGCGCUCCACGAGCCGCCCAUGGCGUCGCCAGCUAGAUCAUCUAGGCUUCAGCGACAAGCCCCAAUUGUCGUUCAGGAAACUGACCUCGAUGACGACAUUGAGAAGUUCGAAGAUGCAGAGGAACCAUCUAUGACACUAAAGAAGGCGCUAGCAGAUUGCGAAAGAGCUAUAGAUAAAUUCUUCUCUAAUGACGUGGAAGGCGCUAUGAACAUCAUGAAGCCCUGGAGAAGCUUGUCGCUAUACCACAGUCAUGGGUCGGCAGUAUUUGAAUUCAUACCGGCGAUGCUCACACUGGACCCACACCAGGUUCAGAUAGCUAUAACUGCCAUCCAGGAAACAUUUGAGCUUUGUGAUGGCCAACGAAGGAUUUACUCCGUCGUUGAAAGCCUUGGAUCUUUGCUUAAAAAGCCCAAUUAUGGAAUAUACUCGGAAGCACAGGCGCAUGCUGAAUUAAUUCGCGCAGAAGCACUGCUGGUACAGGCCUGCCUCCUUGCAGUGGAUGGGGAGGAUCUCGCAGGCAUCGUACGUGCUACGUUACGCAUUAAGAAUUCACAUGAUUCUUAUAAGCAGUGCUUGAAAAUCUUGAACAAGAAAAGAACUUGGGAAGAUGGGAAGUCACGCGAACACUUCGAGAGCGGAGUUCGAAUGGGCGUCGCAACCUUUAACGUCAUGAUAUCCAUGUUGCCGCCCAAACUCAUCACUUUACUCGAGUUCGUUGGCUUCUCAGGAGACAAGGAGCAUGGCCUUCGAGAAUUGCUCAAUGGAGCUAAUAGCCCAGGCCUACGCUCCGUGUUAUGCGCCCUGACACUACUAAUGCACAACCUGGUUAUUGGCCAGUUUGCUGCCAUCCCUCCAAACUACGACCUUGUCCGGAAACUUAUCGACGAGAACCUCGCGAAGUAUCCGGACAGCGCGUGGUUCCUAAUGUUCAAAGCUCGCCUCGAGCUUUUACUAGGGCAACCCGCGCAAGCUAUUGAAACAUACGAAAAAGCAGCUAAAGCCAAAGGUCUUUGGCCCCAACUCGUACAUCUAGCAUAUUGGGAGACUAUGUGGGCCUACGCUAUGAUGGGAGAGUGGGAUAACUGUGCACUUUUUGCGUCCCGUCUUCUGGAAGACAGUGUAUGGUCGCGCACAAUAUAUGCUUACGUGCAGCUCGCCGCUUCUCUCCAAAAGGAAACUCCACCUGACAACGCUUGGAUUGAACAGCUCAUACAAUCAGCCAAAAACUUCAAGCAACGGGUCCUAGGCAGAUCUGUGCCAAUAGAGAAAUUCGCUUUACGCCGUUGUGAGAGAUUGCGCGCACGAGGCUUACUAGUCCUGCCCGGUAUCGAGUUGCUCUGCCUUUGGAAUAUGUUUCCCGCUAUUGCGAAGGACCAAAAGAGGGCCGACAAACUCCUUAAGAUCAUCGAGGAUGAAUACAACAUGAUAGAGAAGAUAUUCCUCGACUACCUAAAGAAAGGGCGGACGGCAAGCGCCAAGAAAACCUUGGAAGAGAAUGGCGAGAAAUUGAAGUAUGACGCUGAUGACUUCAACCUGUGUCGGUAUAUGAGAGGAACAAUGCUUCUGGCUAUGGGCUUCCCACGACUUGCCCUUGAGUACUUUGAUGCUGUUAUUAAGGACAAGGAGAAGAUUAAGGAGAACACUCACCUUAUACCGUACACGCUGGUAGAAUCGGCCACUUGUCACUACAGCCUUGGAGACACCGACUUGGCCUUGCGACUACUAGCCGAGGCGAGGAAAAAAUCUGGGUACCCACUCGAGUCGAGACUGCAGUUCCGCAUCCACGCGAAAAUGGAAAUGAUUCGGCAUCAGCUAGAGCCAAGAAAAACAAACGCAGCCUCAAACGCGACGGCGCGGACCAAACUCGACACGCCCGCUACCUUGGGGACGCAAGGAAAUCUUGUGGUGACCACUCCACCCCUGCCCGUCCCUGAGAAAGAGGACGAAGAAGAUGAUAAGGGGAAAAAGAAGGAUAAGGGAAAGGGUAAAGACAAGGGAAAGGGCAAAGGGAAGGGGAAGGGCAAAGGGAAGGGAAACAAGGACAAGAAAGAAGAGAAAAAGGAAUCGGCGAAAAGUGUUAGGAAAGUUGACACCGUCGUGAACAUUGAGGGUGUUGUUAGCGUCCAACCUCGCCCGGCUUCGCCGGUGGCUGGCACGUCCAAAAUGGAUACGAUGAUAACGACCGAAGGUGUGGUGUUAGUCCAGCCCCAAUCAAGCGACGUACCUCUGAGCAUGUCUCCUCCGAAGGGCCAACGCAGCAAGUGACAAUCAGCCUCAUGCGCGGACGCCGCGUAUAGCCGGUCAAACUUUAAAAUCUGGCGAUACUUCAUCUGCCCAGCUUUUCUACCAGCUACUGAUAUGCCGCACGAGCCAUUCGACUAAGCAAGUCUCGACCGUCUAAAAUUGAUUAAAAAAAAGAAAAACGCGUGCUAUUUGCGAUAGGACCUGUAGAUAUUUUGUGAAUUUUUAAACUGAAUAAAUCAGUUUUGACAAUGUGAUAAAAGAGUUGGUUUGAAUUAGCACGUGUCUGACCACCGGACAAUGUACAAAUGACGACUUCAUUUUCAGGCAACCGAGCUUUCGCUCUCGAAAGUUGUAAAAACUAUUUUGUAUUGCCAUGAGCCGAGCAACACGGACACUUCUAACAACAUUGCAUGUUACAUAGUAGUUAAUAAAUAUUUUGUAUUUAUAUUGUAAAACGUUAUCGAUCAAAGUGUUAUAGAGAAAAAUAUAUUUGAAUAUAUGUUUUGGAUGUGAAGUUGAUGGAGUUUUGAUAAAAUCUGUAUCGAAUUUUUACUCCCGUUUACGGUAAGCAUACCUUGCAUUUUGACCUUUCAAAGGUGUAUUUAAUAUGAAAUCGCUAUAAAAUCUAUGUCAACGAAAAAAAUGUUUGUCUCUAACGGACAUUCUAUUUAUGUAAGUAGCUCAAUUAUUUAUACACUUUUUGUAUGAAAUGUUUUGUAAAUAUCGUAAAAUAUUAAUGAUGUAUAAUCCCGGAAACAGGGCUUUUAUAAUCAAGCACUCUUUUAUAAAGUAGUUUUCAAAGAAUAUUCACAACAUCGUGCUAUUCAAUUCAUGAAUUCUUGUAAAUAAAUCAUCCAUGCAGUCGCAUUUUCAUUAGACACGAAAUACAGCAGAAUGCCGUUAAGCAAAUUGAACUGAAUUGAACUUUAGUUCGAUUUCAACUUUUCAGAGGAAAUUCAACAAACUUUCGUUUAGUUUGGAAUUGUUUCGUUUGUUUUAAAUGUUUUGCAUAGUUCUGCAGUCAUCACUUACAAAAACAACCUUAUUGUGCAAGUUUAUGUAGUAACACAAAUGCCCUUUUAGAACUUUCAUAAAAUUCAUAACCUGCAUAGUAUAAUAAUGGAUAAUUAAACAGAUUGUUGGUCCCUGUGCCAGUGCACCCCAAACGCUGGCAGCAUUUCCUCGCUGUAUUGCGAAUCUUUUUCGAUGAGCGACGAAAGCACCAGCUCUGGGGUCACUGGUACUAUGACGUGCCAACUCAGACUCUACUCCAGAGGGAACGAAAUCAAAGUUGGAGGAAAUUAUUCAGUUAUUUUAUUUGUAUAAAUAUUAUAUUAUAAUCAGAAUUAUUAAAGUAUCUCCGAACAGUUUGCUUGACACUCAUCUGCUUGAUUUCUUCAAUGCAGGUCUCACUUUCUUAAACGUCCGUAAACAUUUGAGUGAUAGCUGUUAUGAUUGAAACUAAAAUGUGAUGAAUGCUUAAUAUUAAGAUAGAUUUUUCUAUACUUAUAUCGACUGUCAAAAAUUUGUAUAACAUUUCAUAAUCAUGAAAAACUAUAAUAUCUGGGAUUUAAUUGAUGUCGAAUUCAUACCCCCGGCCUCUAUUAGAAAAUGUAUUUUUCAUAUGAAUAUAUCUCAUCAAUGACAAAUGUUUCUAGUAAAACUAUUAUUAGCAGAAAUAGUACAAUCAAUGUUUAGAAAGAAUCGAAUGCGCAUGUAAUGCAUAUUUUAUAUAAAAAUAGGUUUUAUUAUAAAUUAUGUUUCAGCUUAACCUACUAAGUAAAAAGUAAAUAUAACCUUUUGUAUUGUAAUUUAAUUUUUGGUACACGAAAUACACAAUAAACAUCUGAAAGGCAUCGGUCGCACUGGCAAAGUUGGAGUUGAUAUUUGGACGGGAACUGUUAAAAAUAAUCCAAAGUUAAAAAUAACAAAACUGGCUCAACCCUGAACAUAAAUUGAUAAAUUGUAUUUUAAAAUGCAGUUAUUUUGCUGGUCGUGAACAUCAUUCUAGUAUUUACUGAAGUUAUUGUGUUGAAAGUUAACUACGUAGACUUUGCCUACACGAAUCUUGUAGCAAGCAACAAGUAGCCAUAAAGGGAUUGUUCAGUGCGAGCGGUGUCUCGUUGCUUGCGAUUGCUUUGCAACUUUAAUUCCUUUUCGCUUAUCCUUAAGGACUCCCAAGCGUGACAUAAUACACUUUAUCGCGAAUGUGAUAACUUUGUGAAUGUCCAGCGCUCGUAGCAUUUUUCAAUACGAAAUUUGUAAGUGCUCAUGAUAAACGGAAAGUUAAAAGAACUUACGGAAUAGGCAUAGGAUUGAGUACGUUUUGGAUAUAUUUACUGUAAAACCUAAUUGAGUUUUGAAUAAUGGGAAUUAAUGGUUAGACCGACCAGUUCCUUUAUUUUUAUAUGAGUAAAUUUUUUUACUCUCAUGUAAAUAUUGGACAGAAGUAUAGUAACGAACGAAUUUGUUAAGGAUGGCCGAGCCGACUUUGUAAAUUAGGAAGGAAAAACGCAUUGUAGCUUAAGGCAUUUAAAAUGUCGAUAAAAUUAUUAAUGUCCAAAGUCUGUGUCUAUAAUCAUUAUAGAGAAAAUGUAUAUGUAACAAAAAAUUGGCUUUGGGUGCAGUUGUGAAUGUGGUAAUCACAUAUAGAAUAUAUUCCUGUUAAUACAUUAGAAUUAUAUAGAUGUUUCAUAUAUAUAGCAAAUUUUAAAUCAUGUUAAUGCUUGAAUGGAUUAAAUGUAUAUAACACUUGUAACCCUUAGCUAAAAAAUAUAAUGUACUAUUUGUAUUUAAUAAAGCUGUUCACAUAAAUAAUUGUAGAAAAUAAUUAGCUUUGCAGAAAUCCACAAUCAUUUUUAUAGUGUAUUAAAUUGUCAAACUUAUAUAAAAUUGUAAAGUUUGAUUAAUUAACUCACGCACUAGUACUGCAUAUAUUGAUAUGGUUCUUCAAUAUGGAUAGCCCCUGUGGCGUUAUUUAUGGUUCCCGGCAAAAUGAUGAUUGAUUCAAAUUGAAAAGUACUGAGGGAGGGCUUUGUCCGAGGAAAAUCACUGUCAUCGGAAAUGUUAGGGUUGUUUUAAUAUCCCCUUAUAGUUGUCGGGAAUCAACUCUUGUCACUAGUUUAGUAGUGGACUUUAAAACGUAUGUAUAUAUGUCUAUUUCGAAUAGUCGUUAGUAAUAAGCUCAAUAAAAAAUGUAUGUCAACUGAUAUGAAAAUAGUUAUUAGAUAAAUUUAGUUGAAACAUUCCCGUGUAUUCAUUCUGAAGAAUAUAAAGCUUAUUUUUCAUCUAUUGUGUUGUUUACUGCUAUUUUU